AUGGGCUUCCCCAAUCUUCCGCUGCAGUCCCGAGGGAAGCCCUGGGAGGCUCACGAGAACAUCUUGGAGUCCACGGACAAUAGUUCUACUUCAGUCAUUGAAGAAAAAAAGGAAAAACGCAGGAACACAGUGCCCGCGAUUGUUCCUGACCAUGUGGCUAAUCCUUUCCACAUGUCUGGAGACGUGGAUUUCUUCUUGCUCAGAGAUCAGGAGCGGAAUAAGUCUCGCCUAGAGCGGGAGCAGAAGAAGACGCUGCGGAUGCACCAAAAGAUGACCUACGCGUCCAAAGUGUUGGCCAAGCACACCAGCCUGCGUCGCGAGCUGCAGCUGGAGGACGAGAUGCAGGACCAGGAGGUGCGCGCCGAGGCGGAGCGGCUGCGCGCCUUCCACGACGAUAUGGCGUGGAAGCUCUCCAUGACCAAAGAAAAGAAGAUGGAAUGUGAUAACCUGAACAACUACAUCAACCAGAAGCGCCAGAUGUUCCGCAUCCAGUACGCCCUGGACAUGAAGCAGCAGGAGAUCCAGCGGCUGGAGCUGCUGGUGACCAAGGAGGAGGCAGAGCUGGAGCGGGCAGAAAGGUCCCUGGAGAAUGACGCCGCCCUGUUCGAGGAGUUCCUCCGGGAGAAUGAUCGGAGCUCGGUGCAGGCCCUGAAAGCGGCUGAGAAGGAGACCAAAGCAAAGGUGGAGAAGAUCUUGGAAAUCCGGGACCUGACCACCCAGAUCAUGAACAUCAAAAGCGAGAUCUCCAAAUUUGAAGACACUUUGCAGCAUUACAAGGCCUACAAGGACUUCCUGUACAAGCUGUCGCCCAAGGAGUGGUUGGAAGAGAGGAAGGAGAAGCGUUUGGCUCUCAAAAAAGCCAAGGAGGUCACUGAGCCCCCCAUAGAGAACACUUUACACUCCACGAUCUGGGACAAAGGACCAGGGACCAAGGGCAAGACAGGCUCCAGAGAGGGGCAGGGCCCAAAGAAGUUCUGGAAGUUCCUGCAGGUGGCGCAGCUGGGGCAGAUCCCGUCCAACACCCUGAACCUCCAGCAUAGAAGCCAGGCCAGUGUGUAUAGCGGGCUGAACGCCAAAGGGUCAGACUCUUCCACCACUAUGACUGAGGACUCAGGCAGCGACGGGGAGGAGCUGGACCUAUACUUCACGGAGCCCCAGCAGCUCCUGGACAUCUUCACGAAGCUAGAGGAGCAGAACCUGUCGCUCAUCCAGAACACGCAGGAGAUGGAGGAGACCCUGGAGGAUCUGAACUGCACCCUGAAAAACACCCAGAUCCGCAUGGACAGGGAAGUCAACCAGCUGAAGCAGUGGGUCAACACGCUGAUGACGUCCAUCGCCAAGGAAGAGGAGACAGUGGCCGAGCUGCAGCUCAAAGCUCGAGUGUUCCACUUCGGCGAGUACAAGGGCGCUCAGGAGGACAAGCUUCUGGAAAGCCUGAACCACAAGGUGCUGGACGUGUACCGGCACUGCAUCGGCACCCAGCAGGAGUCCAACCUGGGCACUGUGCAGAUGCUCACCAUCAUCGAGCACUACCUGAACGAGCUGCUCGAACACCUAGAGCAUGUACCCCAGGUCAAGAUCGAGCAGGCUGAGAAGGCCAAGGAGAAGGAACGCCGCAUGAGACUCCGAGAAGAGAAGGUGCUGAUGCAGAAGCAGCUGCAGGAGGAGCGUCUGCAGCGGGCCCAGGCUCGGGCCCAGGCGGAGAUCAAGAAGAAGAGAGGCAGGAGGCUGGUGUGUCGCUCCCAGCUCCCAGUCCUGAAAAUAAAGGUGGAGCCUGAGCACGUGCUGAUGGACAAGGACAAGGAGGAGCAGCUGCUGUUCUUCACCUAG